CCUGGCAGCGGCUCCGCUCGGCCCCGGCGCGGGACGCGGCCUCGGCACCCACGCCCCGCACGGCGCCCGGCAGCCUCCGCCCCCGGGGAGGGACGGUCGGAGGGAAGGAUGGAGCUGGACGGGCUGCUGCUGGACGAGGAGGGCACCUUCUCCCUCAGCGGGUUCCAGGAGUUCACGUUCCUGCCCAGGCACCAGCAGCUGAGCGAGAGAGUGCGAAAGCGGCUUUAUUAUGGCUGGGACAAAGACUGCAGCCUCGACAAUCUCUCCAGUCCCGUGGCAGAUAUUGCUGUGGACUUGCUGCAGAAGGUGGCUCCCAGCCCUAUCCGCAGACUCCAGAAGAAAUACGUCUCUCGUGUGUCUCGGGAAGCCUGCAUCUCACCAUGCUCCAUGAUGCUGGCACUGGUUUACAUUGAGAGACUCCGGCACCGGAACCCUGAAUACCUCCAGCAGAUCUCAUCUUCAGACCUCUUCCUGAUCUCCAUGAUGGUUGCUAGUAAGUACCUGUAUGAUGAGGGUGAGGAGGAGGAGGUGUUCAAUGACGAGUGGGGAGCGGCGGGGAAGGUGGACGUCCAGACCAUGAACACGCUGGAGAUGAACUUCCUGAGCGCCAUUGACUGGAGUCUCUACACAGAUCCCCGGGAGCUGUUUGAAGUGCUGAGCUGGCUGGAAGGACGUGUGGCAGAAAAGCAGGGAAUGUGGCGUGGUUGGUUCACCUACACAGAUCUGUGUGUCCUCAUGGAGCAGUCCCUGUGGCAGCAUGUGCUAGGCCAGUUCUACCAGCAAGUGGUCAAGCUGGCGUGCCUCCUGGGGGUGGUGUACCUGACUGGCUUUGCCGCCAUCUUCGCCUCCGUCACCGUGGUGCACCGGUCCGUGUGCGCAAGGAGCGAGAGCCCCGCCGCUCCCCAGCCUGCGCUCUUCCCCGGGGAGGGCAGCUGCCAGCUGGAUGCCCAGCCAACCUCAGCCCCGGACCAGCCUCAGCCCGAGCUGCCCAACGUCUCCCCCACCAGCAGCCCCCCGUGCCUGGGGAGGAAUGAGACGACCGAAGAGCCGCGUCGCGGAGGUGUCACGGCCACUGCACUCUACCUGUGGGGCAGCGUGAUGUCAGCUCUGUCCUACCCAAAGGCGCCCGAUCUGACCCGCCCCUGGAGCCCCCUGCAAGUCCCUUUCCGGAAGGUACCCACUGCCUGUGAGAGAUCCAACCGCUCCGCCCCCACCGCCCCUGGCCAGCCCGGCCCCCUCGGACUCGCUGUGCUCCCAGCCCCACCUGCACUGCACUGCCACGGGUGCUCACCCGGGGCCGACCCCGCCUGGGGCUCAGCUCCCGGCCGCAGGGACUGGCUGCACCCCUUGGGGCUGAGGCAGUGCUCCUUGCACACUGCUAUGGAUCUCAGUAGAAUCAAGAGCUUCAUUUUUCCCAGCUAGGGGCACGGGGCAGCAGCCCCUUUCCCCUUCCCUCCUUGUGUGGCACGACUCACUUCUUUGCACUUCUGGGACCACUGAUCCCUGGGGCUGUGUGGGACUGGAGGUCCUUUGCAUUGCUUCCAACCCAGCGUUUGUGUCCCCUCACCCAGGGCAGGGCUGUCCUUCACUUUGGGGGCUGCUGGGACAGAGUUGGCUUGCCGUUGGGGUGCUGGGGUGGGAACCUACUAGCUGGUAGGUAGAAAAUGGGGAGCCUGUGGACUGGGGUGCUUGGGCAAGGGGAGUGUUGUACCUCCUCCUACAGUGAGUGCGUGGCCCUUGAUGGUGCGGUGCCGAGGUGGUAUGUGAGAUGUAGGAUACUGGAGCUGUGUGUGCAGGGUGAAGGGACUGGGGCGGUGGCCCGGUGGGGAGUGGGGUGACGCAGGAGCAGGUAAGGUGACUGGUUUAGGAGAGAGGAGGCUGAAGGAGGUGGACAAGAGCAGGCCAAGCUGGCUGCUCAUAGCAGCAGUUUCCCUUGUGGGCUGCUGGGCUACUUCUUGGGAUGCACUAGGGUCACACCAAGAGGGGACCCUGAUGUGGCUGUGCCCCAGGGAAAGGUUGUGCCCCACUGAGCUCAGAGGUGAUGAGAAGUGAUUAAGACUGCGAUUCCGUAUCCUGCUUGUGUUGGGUAUCUUGAAAGUGGGGUGCUCUGUGACCCCCAUUGGAAGCCCCAGCUCUCUGGCUUGUGAGCAAACAGUGCCUGACUGCUACUCGGGGCGGGGAGAAGGCACCUUGUCUUGCUGACCAGCCCAGCUCAUCACACCCCUUCUUUUUACUGUGGAUUUUACACCUCUUUUUCACUCUUUUUGUAGAUGCAGAUCUCUUCCAAUAAAAGUAGUUCUUGCUGUG